GUCUCGCACAGGUGUCCCGGCUCCUCCCCUUCAGUCUCGCACAGGUGUACCGACUCCUCCCCUACAGUCUUGCACAGGUGUACCGGCUCCUCCCCUUCAGUCAUGCACAGGUGUACCGGCUCCUCCCCUUCAGUCCUGCACAGGUGUACUGGCUCCUCCCCUUCAUUCUUGCACAGGUGUACCUAUUCCUCCCCUUCAGUCCUGCACAGGUGUAACGGCUCCUCCCCUUCAGUCUUGCACAGGUGUAUUGGCUCCUCCCCUUCAGUCUUGCACAGGUGUAUCGGCUCCUCCCCUUCAGUCUUGCACAGGUGUAUUGGCUCCUCCCCUUCAGUCUUGCACAGGUGUACCGGCUCCUCCCCUUCAGUCAUGCACAGGUGUACCGGCUCCUCCCCUUCAGUCUUGCGCAGGUGUACCGGCUCCUCCCCUACAGUCUUGCACAGGUGUAACGGCUCCUCCCCUUCAGUCUUGCACAGGUGUAUCGGCUCCUCCCCUUCAGUCAUGCACAGGUGUACGGGCUCCUCCCCUUCAGUCUUGCACAGGUGUACCGGCUCCUCCCCUUCAGUCUUGCGCAGGUGUACCAGCCCCUCCCCUUCAGUCUUGCGCAGGUGUAUCGGCUCCUCCCCUACAGUCUUGCACAGGUGUAACGGCUCCUCCCCUUCAGUCUUGCACAGGUGUAUCGGCUCCUCCCCUUCAGUCAUGCACAGGUGUACCAGCUCCUCCCCUUCAGUCCUGCACAGGUGUAUCGGCUCCUCCCCUUCAGUCUUGCACAGGUGUCCCGGCUCCUCCCCUUCAGUCUUGCACAGGUGUACCGGCUCCUCCCCUUCAGUCAUGCACAGGUGUACCGACUCCUCCCCUUCAGUCAUGCACAGGUGUACCGACUCCUCCCCUUCAGUCUUGCACAGAUGUACCGGCUCCUCCCCUUCAGUCAUGCACAGGUGUACCAGCUCCUCCCCUUCAGUC